GGGCCGCCUCGCAUUCGGUCUGUCACACGCGCUCCGUACGCUCUGCCGUUAUACUGUUCCUUUAGUUGUUAAUAAAAAUAAAAAAACAAUUUUUUUUCUUUACACGGCGGUCAAAAACAAUUUUUAUCGCACACUCAAACUGUAAAAAAAAAUAUAAUUUUUCAUUUUCUUCCGCGGGACGUCGUUAUUGGGAAAAACACCGACGGUUUUCGGUUUACUUUUAUAUUAAUGUAAAACGACAUUAACCUACGCACGGCCAAUUCGGUAUUUCACCAAAUAAAUUUUGUUUCUCGAAGAAAAAGUUUCCACCACGGGAUAUCAUACAAAAUCAUUGAAAUCUCGCUUUUGGGAGCUUGAGCCUACGUGUUGUGAUAAAUAAACUGAAAACCUUGUUUUAUUCACUACGAAAACGCGACUCCGUUAAUUACAACUUUUAGUAAACACUUUCUAGAAAUCAGCCGUUCAAAGAUGCAUAUCGAGGUCAGCGUGGCGUUAAACUUUGUGAUCUCUUACCUGUACAACAAGCUUCCUAGGAGACGCGUCAAUAUAUUUGGCGAAGAACUGGAGAAAUGCUUGACUGAGAAGUUUGCCGGCCACUGGUACCCGGAAAAACCGUACCGCGGGUCGGCUUACCGUUGCAUUAAGACCGGGUCGCCCAUCGAUCCGGUGUUCGAAAAGGCGUCCCGGGAGAGCGGCGUGGCCAUACAGGACGUGCUGGAGAACUUGCCCCAGGACCUGGCCGUCUGGGUCGAUCCCGGCGAAGUGAGCUACCGUAUUGGCGAGAAGGGAGCUGUCAAGAUCUUGUACAACGAGAACGGUGGCGGCUUACAAUUCGACGCCCACGACGAUCGCAACGCCGACCGAGAAGUGGUCAAGACGUUCAACCCCGAAGCCCAGUGUUUCCGGCCAAUCGACUCGGUGGCGUCCAGUCUUAGCUCGUUGAGCAUUUCGCCGCCGGACAAGUGUAUGGCCGGUUCACCGCCCUUGGGCAGCGGUUCGGACAGCUCAUCUCCCACACAACACUACCAUCACCUUCUCAAUCAGCCGCAGCAGCACAACAUCCCGUUCAACAAACCUAUUCCGCCGCCGCAGCAGCAGCAGCCGCGAAGUCCCAGCAGUGCAUCCGCAUACGCGCCGGCCAGACAACCGUCGGCACCGUUGACGUUCACCACGGCUUCGUUCGCACAGACAAAGUUCGGCAGCACUAAAUUGAAGUCCAACAACAAACGGGCUAACAGGUUUCUGUUAACUGAAUUUCUAGACAAGAUGUCACCGACAGAAUUUGCCAACUACAUCAAACAACGAGCGGUCUUGCAACAGCAGCAGCAGCAAAUAGCCGGCGGAAGUGGACAGCGGCCGGUAUCCCCGGUGCAGCAACAACACCACCGCGGUGGACAGAACGGCGAGUCGGCGUCCAACUACUUCUUCCAGCAACAACAACAUCAACAGCAGUACAACGGUUAUCAGAGACCGCGCCAAUCCAACGGAUACCGAAACAGCGGCGGGGUGUCUGAUUACUCGCUUUCACAACUGCAAUUUCCCAACAAUAGCAGCGGCGGCAGCAGCAGCGGCUGGUCCACAUACAGUGAAUUUGGCCCUCGACCGUUCGGCUCACCGAUGGGCCCUUUGUCGCCUUCCAACUACGGCGGGGCGCAAUCGUCGGGCCCGCAACAGCCGCCGUCAGCGCAACCAAAAAUGGACAGUUACAACAGCAUGGGCUUAGGCUCAUCGUCGUACAGAUCUAGUCCUUAUCAGCAGCUGUUGGUUGCUAACUAAAUCGGCGUCCCUUCAUUAAGUAACAAAAUCACUUUGCCCCCGAUCCGCCCACCUUUUUUUUACAUCCAUACAAUAUAUUGAUAUACUUGCCUAUUUCUCCUUCCUUACUUCCUCACUUUGACUUAAGAAAAUACACCAUGUUUAGAUGUAAAUUAUAAAACACAAUUGCCCCUUCUAGACUUUCAUUCCUAAAUACCUCCCACCCACCCAACUCGCAAGAGUUUCUUCUUACUUCUAAACAGACGCCUGUUAUAAUAAUUAGAUAAGUUAUUUUCUAAUAGACACUUUAUAUACUACGUUUUUCUUUAAAUAUAAUAUAUACUAAAUAACAUCAAUGUGAUUCAUCACCGUAAGUAUUAUUAAUUUUUUUUUUUACAAUUUUAUUUUUCUUUUUGACUAAAACUUUUUAAUAACUUUUUGAAUUAACACGUAUAUUAUAUAAUUUCUUUUUUUUAAGUAAUGUCUCUUAUUAUCGCGCAGAAUUUUUAUUAUAUAUAUAUAUAUAUAUGUAUAUAUAUAUACACAUACUAUAUUAUAUACUAUAGAUACUGUUUUUUAUUUGAUUAUUAUUUUUACCAAUGAGAGGAUUAGAACUUAAUUUAUCAAAAUUCAUAUAAUAUAAUUUAUUGGUAAACUCAUUUUACAAUUCAUUACAUUAAUGUUUAUAAGAAAAUAUGUACAUUAUUUAAUGUUCUGUGAACAGCUAAAAAUACAAUAACCAACCCCUAUAAGUUAAUACACAUUUUUAUUACGCUUAAGUUAUUUAAGACAAGGUUAUACUCUUUGUAAAUAUAAUAGAAUCUCCCAUAGUUAAAAAAAACCCUUCGACUUACCCCUCUCUCUCUUUCUCUGUGAGAAUCAUCACUUUUCAAUACUUGCAUGCUAAUUUUAAAUUUGUAAGAUUAUUUAAAUGGAACAAUCUAAUCGCAAUAAUCACAUCAUAGUAGAUGUUUUAAAUAUAUAGUCUUAUCGGCUUAAUUAAUUAAUUCAUAUUUAUUUAAACGUCAUUCAAUUUGAUAAAAAAUUAAUGACAAUAUAAAAAAAAAUUAAACAAAUAUUUAUUAUGUACUGGAAAAUAUAUCGAUGGAUCUCGCCGGUUAAAAAAAAUGUACUUGCAUUUUGCUAUUUAAUUCGAGGUUUACUUAAAAAAAAAAACCAAUAACCAUUUUUUUUGUUUUCGUCGUUAUUAUCCAAUUUGAAGUGCAUGCGUUUUUUUAUUGUAAUUUCAAAGCUUUAAAUUAAAGGUUUUAUUUAGUAAAUGUUUUAUUAUUUUUAUUUUUUAAUUUAUUUGGUAUUUUUUUACUCUUUAUAUUAUGAUAAAUAUACGUACCUUAUAUAUAUAAAUAUAUGUAUAUGAUUGUUAUGAAAUAUUUGGGUUUUUUUUAGUAGAUUUAGAAACUAUUAUUGUCUAAGUAGUCAAACUUAUCGUGUUACAAUUUUUUUAUUAUUAUUAUUGUUAAAAUCUAUAUUUUUUGUGAAUAAUGUUGUCUUAGGCCAUUUUUCAUACUAUAUAUUUAUUAACAUAAACCAAACAUGUUAUAUAUUUAACAUGAUGUAUGACAUUUUUUUUAAUGUUAAUUUUUUACUGUGCACGUUUUGAGCGAAUGUAAUUUACUAUACCUACCUGUUCCAUUGUAUGAAAAACUUACCUAAACUAUUAAUAAUUAUUGUUACCAUCAAGUCGGCUGAUGUAUUAUUGUCGGGUCGUACUUACAUACAAUUUUCCGUUUUAUAUGCAAUUGAAAAUAAUACAUUAAAAAUAAUAAUGAUUUCUCCUAAGUUUAAUGAUUAUGUUUGAGUAGGUAAUAUAACAAUACUUAGGCUUAAGAAUACACGUUUUUGAUCCCGUUGUCUUCCAAAGAUAUCUCCAUCAUAAAAUUUACUUUGUCCUUUCUCCAAAAUUUAUAAACCUUAAGAAUUAGUUUACAUUUUGAACACAAAGACUGCUAUUGACAUAACCAUAGUUUUAGUUAACAGGCUCGUAGUUCAUAAGCUUAAGUGACUGACAAUUUUUUUUUUAAAGUAAUAACAAAAUAUAACUAUAGUUCAUGGUAAAAAAGACUGGAAUGUCAACGACUUGUACUAACUACAAAAUGACCUUUCAUAAUAUAUUACGAGUGCAAUUAAGCAGUAAUAUUGAAAAAAAUAUUAACACUAGUUGCAUUAUACCUGUUUGUUUUAUCAUGCAUACAGUAUCCAUUUUUGAGUGUAAAACUACGUUUUUAUAAUAUAAUAAUAUUACAGUAUUUUAGUAUUUUCUUUGACAAUCUUAUUCGGCAAUACCUACACAUACGUGUUUAAUGUUUUUCCUAAAGUUGUUUAUUAUCAAUUUCUUUUAUAGUCCCCUCGCUAUCAAUAUACCCGAUUACCACUUAAAAAUAUUUAUAUAUUGAACUUACUCCUGUGAUGUGUGAAUAUAAUAAGACCUUUUCGGUAUUGACAAUAUUUUUAUAAUGAAUAUCUAGAUCAUAUUAUAAUAAUACAAUACAUUUACAUUAAUAAGCUACUCUGGCGUAGGAAUUAUAAUAAGCGACUUGAGUGCGAGUGUGUUUGUAAAAUAACCUUUAUUUUUCAUAAAUUCAAAUUAAUAUAUUGUUAUAAUUUAAUAAAUGCUUAGAUAUUAUGUAUCUAUGCAAAUGGAACAGAUAAUUAUUUGGAAUCUAAGUGUUAACUAAAUUAUUAUACCAAGUAAAACAGAUGUUAUAAUAAAAAGUUCUAUAUAUUACAAAUAUCUUAUGUAAUUAUACUUAUUCAACACAUACACAAUAUUAUCUAGACAUUUUCAAACUAUUUUUACUAUUUUAAUCAUAUCAUAAGAAAAUUGUUUUUAAAUCUUUAUAAUAAUUUUAGAUUUUAUCAAUUUAUACCAUAAUAUGCAUAUUAUUAUUGUUUUAAAAAUUAUUUGUAAAACAUUGGUCUUAGUAACCAAUUAUGUUUCGGUGUUACAAGUUACCUAUAGUGUAUUGAAAAAAAAAACAAUAAUUGUUUAAUCAGUUUAAGACUUAGGACGUUUUUUGCUUUUUUUGGUAUUUUUAA